CUCUUUUAUGUUUAGGGUGCUAACAGUUAUGGGCAGCUGGGAGUGGGCAGUACCCAGGACACCCCCGUGCCACAGCUGGUUAUUGGGCUGCCCAACCAUGAGACGGUUAUCAGGAGUAUCAGUGCCGGCGGGGGGCACUCGGCUGCAGUCACAGAGUCGGGCCGGGUGUACGUGUGUGGGCAGAACUCAGAAGGGCAGUUGGGCCUCGAUCACACCACUGACGUGACCCAGUUCUGCCUGUGCCCCGGGGCUCUCGGCCUGCGGGUCUCCAAGGUGUCCUGUGGCUGGGACUUUACUCUCAUACUGGCAGAAACCGGGGAACUUCUGUCCUGUGGCGCCAACACUUACAGCCAACUGGGAAGGGCCGGGGCGGGGAGGAGCUGCGUUCCCAGGCCUGUGGGGAUUCAGAAGAGGAAAGUGAUUGAUGUUGCCGCGGGACUGAGACACGUACUCGCCCUCACAGAUAACGGGCAGAUAUUCCAGUGGGGGUCGGGGCUGGCAUCCCAUGCACGGAGAUUCUCUCCCCAGAACCCCAUCCCUCCAGUUUAUGGGGCCACGGAACCCUGCCCAGUGCCAGGCAUGGAGGGCAUCCGUGGGAAGGUGGUAACGGCCGGCUCGUAUCACUGUGUGGCAUUAUCUGAUGCGGGAGACAUGUACGCGUGGGGCAGUAACAAGCACGGGCAGCUGCUGCACCCCGACCCCUUCCUGCUCCACCCACAUAGAGUGCAAGCUCACUUCUUCCUGGGCGAGAGCAUUGUGGCAGUUACAAGUGGAUGGACCCACCUGGUGGCACAGACUGACACAGGGAAGGUUUUCACCUGGGGAAGAGCCAACUACUCCCAGCUCGGCCGGCCCCCCAGCACAGAAGGCACAGGGCUAAACGAGACCCUGCUGGAGGGCAUCGCUGCCAAUCAAGUUCCAGCCUGGAUUCCUUCUUUAACCGGUUCCUCCCAGAUGGAGUGUUAUAUUCCUGGGGCUGGAAUGAGCACGGAAUGUGCGGAACUGGCUCGGAAACCAACGUGACUGCCCCGACGGCGGUCGCCAUCCCUGCUCCUGCGCGCGUGGAUUUGAUUGGCUGUGGGGCCGGACACUCCAUGGCUCUGUGUAUAAACCCAGGUUAGAGUGCAUGAAGCUGCCUGUAGUACCUGCUGAUGCCUACUGCAUGGGCACCGAUAUGGCAUGUACUGUGCCAACCUGCACGGGAGCGCCAUCACAGGAGGAUCAUGGGAGGAACACGGGAGUACCAUCACAGGAGGAUCAUGGGAGGAACACGGGAGUACCAUCGCAGGAGGAUCAUGGGAGUUCCAUCACGGGAGGAUCAUGGGAGGAACUCGGCUGCUUGCUCACCAUAUGUAGAAAUAAAUGUGCCAAUGUACCCCACACUA